AAAUCCGGACGUGGACACGUGUGGAUAUACGAGCUAUCUCAAAUAAUGCCUUCUGUCUUUCAAUGAAACUUUGACAUGGUCUUUCUACCAACUUCAACCAAAUAAAUGAGAUGGAAUGUCUUGGAUUAUCACUGCCUGCUCUAAGAAGAAAAAUAGAUGAUGUGCAGCGCUUUCUUGCUAUUGCUCUCCGCAUUGCCAACGCGCAUACAGUGGACUUUUACACGGGUAAUAUUUGGGAUGAGUUCAUAGGUCUGACACCGGAGGACGUGUUGUCCCAUUUUAACGAUAACAUCAAUCCACAACAGACGACUCAAGAGGGAAACAUGAGAAACAGCUUUGGUUUCAGUCAUGACAGCGGGAAGCUGGUACACAUAGGAGCUUUCCUGGAAGCAGCAGAAGCUCACUCUCUCCCUAGCCUCAGGAUUUCUGUGCCCUUUGGAAAGUUAGUGGAGAUGCUCAAUGACACAGAAAGACACACCCGGUGGAAUGCAGCUUUGGACACUGAUGAUUUUAUGAAUUGUAAGAAGGCACACGAGGUCCAGGCCAUGUCUGAGGUGGUUGCUCUCCUGGCCCAACACUGCAGAGUUAAACAGGUCAUAGAUGUGGGAUCUGGAAAGGGUUAUUUAAGCACACAUCUCUCCAUGCUGUAUGGGUUGCAAGUGUUUGGCAUAGACUCUUCCAGCACCAAUACACAUGGAGCACAGGAGAGAAGUCGUAAACUGAAGAGACACUCAAGAGUAAAUCAAAAACUCAAGAAAGAUGCCAAGGAGAGUGGACGCUUAGCAGGAGCUGGAAAGACAGAAGAACAUAGGGAGAGUGGUAUGGGAGAAUUUGUUGCAACUGAAAAUAAUUCUACACAGCUGCAAGACACUCAGUUGAGUGCUGUUGCAGAGGUGCCUGUGGAUGUCAGCAUUCAGAUUGGAGAACCGGUGGAAUGUGCAGUUGAAGAUGAAGGAAUGACUGAUCCUUUUCUUAGUACCCUGUCUUUGAAUGCUGUGGAACCUAUCUCUGGGCGGAUCCCUCCCAGUCAGCUGAGCAAGGAGGAAAGGGAGAGAAGGAUGAGGGAGAAUCUGGAGAAAAAGUCAUAUAAUAGAGAUAGCAGUAGCAGCAGCCUGUUCUUACCACUUACCUCCUAUGUCACUGCAGAAACGGAACUCCGAGAGGUCAUCCCUGAACUGAGGGAUGCGGUCAUGGUUGGGCUACACACAUGUGGAGACUUGGCUUCAAGCACACUGCGCAUGUUUGUAAGCAAACGGGAGCUGCAUGCCAUUUGCAGUGUGGGGUGUUGCUACCAUCUUCUUUCAGAAGAAUUUGACCAGAAAAGAGGGCAUCACACACUACCUAACCUGAUUACAGACCAAAUGCAGUCCAGUCCAGAGUUGGGGACUGAAGUUUGUGGUUUUCCCAUGAGCCAGUAUCUAAGGGAUCAGAAUUACUUCUGUGGCCGGAAUGCCAGGAUGUCUGCAUGCCUGGCCUUGGAGAGAGUGACAGUCGGUGGUGGACUUCCAGUUGAGUCGCUGUUCUACCGUGCUGUUCUACACGUCAUCCUUCAGGAUCACUAUGGUGCACACAAGAGCGAGAAGCGGGUGGGCAACGUGUAUUCUAAAGCUUCCUCUUUUGUGGACUACAUCAGGAGAGCCCUCAGGAAGCUUGAGCUGGAUGAGUCAAAGCUCUCCGAUGGAGACAUUCAAGAAUAUCAUGAUCAAUAUAAACACAGGAUAUGUGAGAUGUUGGCUUUCAACAGGCUGAAGGUGACGUUGGCCCCCUGUAUCGAAGGUCUUAUUCUCCUUGAUCGGCUAUGCUACUUGAAAGAGCAGGAGAAUGUUUCCUUCUGUGCCCUGGUGCAGCUUUUUGAUCCAGUCAAGUCACCAAGAUGUUAUGGACUGGUUGCACUAAAGACCGACAUCAAGUCUUCAUGACAUUUAGGCUACGCUAUUACAUAUCUUAUAAGUUAACUGGCAGGCAUGUUGCCUCAACUGGACUAAUGAACAUUAUAUUUUUGUUUUUAUCAGUUCUUUGAUGAAGUUAAAACAUGAUAGAAUAUUAUUUUCUUUGUUGCUGCUAUUGUUUUGUAUAUUUUAUCUUUAUAAAUAUUGUUAUUUCUUUUUGAAAUAAAUUAAGAGAAAAAUCUUAAAUCUUUUUUUUUUUUUAAACCUAUGGUAUGUACCAAUGGUAUGUGCAUUUUGCAUGCCAAGAAUGUAUUUUCACAUCAAAGUACUCUGGUGCUGCUUGUCAUUUGCAGAUACACAAAAAAGCUGGUAACAUCUUUUGAGUGUGACCAGAAAAUAUUUAGAUAGGCUGUGGUUUGACCAAUUGUGCAAAAUGAAACUCAGAUGUACUGUAUUGCAACAAGCUUUUACUCUGCAGAAAAGUAAAACAAUAAAAGUUCAACCAUAA